AUGCUUGUAGCUUCUGAAUUCUUAGACUAUAGAGAUGAUUGGCACCAUUCUGGUCUCCAAUCAGCUCUAUGGUCAGCUGGCAGAAAACACCGGCUGCAUUCUCAGGUUCCCCUGAUGGCACGGGACUGCCCGAGAAGGCCGUGGAAGGCAGCGGGGGAGGGGGGGGAUAUCAUCUCCCACUGCUUGUAAAAGCAAUCUUGCAGACAUCAUCCUGGUAUAACCAUUCAAAUCCAGUGAUGUACCAGUACAUCGCUGGUCCUUGUUGGUUAUAUACA